GUUUGCUUCAGUCAAUUGAGUCACCUGAUUUGUUGCUGUUGAGAAAAGAUGGCUGCUCAUCUGUCUUACGGAAAAGUGAAUUUAAACAUUUUAAGAGAAGCUGCAAGGAAAGACCUGCGGGAAUUCUUGGACAAGUGUGCGGGAAGCAAGGCCAUAGUUUGGGAUGAGUAUCUUACUGGACCUUUUGGACUCAUAGCUCAGUACUCCCUUCUGAAGGAACAUGAGGUGGAGAAGAUGUUCACCCUCAAGAGUGGGAGACUCCCCAGUGCGGAUGUGAAGAAUAUCAUCUUUUUUGUCCGUCCCAGGCUGGAGUUGAUGGACAUAAUAGCAGAGAAUGUACAGAGUGAGGACAAGUUGCAUUCAUCCAGAGACUUUCACAUUUUGUUCGUGCCUCGGAGGAGCAUGCUCUGUGAGCAGAGACUGAAAGAUCAAGGCGUGCUGGGCUCUUUUAUCAAUAUGGAUGAAUAUAUCCUAGACCUGAUUCCCUACGAUGGGGAUCUGCUGUCCAUGGAAUAUGAAAGUGCUUUCAGGGAGUGCUACUUGGAAAAUGACCAAACUAGCCUGUACCACACCGCCAAAGGCCUUAUGACUCUACAAGCCCUUUAUGGAACCAUUCCUCAGAUAUAUGGAAAAGGAGACUGUGCAAGACAUGUGGCCAACAUGAUGCUGAGGAUGAAGAGAGAGUUUGCUGGCAUUCAGAACCAGAUCCUGCCCGUGUUCGACACUCUUCUGCUCUUGGACCGCAAUGUUGACCUGCUCACUCCUUUGGCUACUCAGCUUACCUAUGAGGGGCUCAUUGAUGAAAUCUAUGGAAUAAAUAAUGGGUAUGUCAAGCUGCCUCCUGAGAAGUUUGCACAGAAGAAACAAGGUGAAGCUAGUAAAGAUCUACCCACAGAGCCUAAGAAGCUCCAGCUAAACUCGGCAGAGGAGCUGUACGCAGAAAUCCGGGACAAGAACUUUAACGCUGUUGGUGCUGCUCUCAGCAAAAAAGCUAAAAUUAUAUCCGCUGCUUUUGAGGAGCGACAUAAUGCUAAAACAGUGGGAGAAAUAAAGCAGUUUGUGUCCCAGCUGCCUCACAUGCAGGCAGCUCGAAGCUCACUGGCGAACCACACUUCUAUUGCAGAGCUGGUCAAAGACAUAACCACAUCAGAAGCCUUCUUUGACAGUCUCACGGUGGAGCAGGAGUUCAUGACUGGAGUCGACACCGACAAGGUGAACACGUACAUAGAGGACUGCAUAGCUCAGAAAGAUCCGCUCAUCAAGAUCCUGCGUUUGGUGUGUAUGCAGUCAGUGUGCAACAACGGCCUCAAGCAGAAAGUUUUGGAUUAUUACAAGAGAGAGAUACUGCAGACGUAUGGCUAUGAGCACUUACUAACAUUGCACAACCUGGAGAAGGCGGGUCUCUUAAAGCCACAAACCAGCUCACGGAACAACUACCCCACUAUUAGAAAAACUCUGAAACUCUGGAUGGAGGACGCCAAUGAGCAAAAUCCCAACGACAUCUCAUACGUGUACAGCGGCUACGCUCCUCUGAGCAUCCGGCUGACUCAAGUGUUGGCGAGGCCGGGCUGGCGGAGCAUAGAGGAGGUGCUGAAGAUGCUUCCAGGCCCACACUUUGAGGAGAGGCAGCAGCUUCCAUCUGGACUGCAUAAAAAACGCCAGCAGGGAGAAAACCGAACUACGCUGGUCUUCUUCCUGGGUGGAGUGACGUAUGCAGAAAUAGCCGCUCUCCGAUUCCUCUCUCAAAUGGAAGACAGCGGGAUGGAGUACAUUAUCGCCACCACAAAACUCAUCAAUGGCACCACGUGGAUUAAGACCCUCAUGGACCGGCCUGAAUCCCACGCGGCCUGAGUCGCCUUAUGAAUCGCAAAACUCAAGUUACUCAUGUUUGUCUGUGUAGUCCUGCCGUGGGGAGCUUUCAUGUAAAUAAAUGUUUUUGUUCUGGUGUGUUUUUUCACCUUUCGAGAGAAAAAUAAUGCUAGAGUUUGAUUUACCUCUUUUUAAACUCCUACAACGUUAUACUAAUGAUGUACAUAAGCAUUCAAGAUGCUCAUAAAGGCUGAUGUUCUAUAAAGAUGUAACAUGUGGAGUCCAAAAUAAAAAGCAACUUUGUUCUGGAUUGUUCAUGUCAU